AUUCCAACGCCCAAGUCGCGUUCUAUAUAUUACCGUCCCGGUUUUGGGAGUUGGCGCUUGGCGCGUGCGUGUUUCAUAUGAUGCCGAACUAUGCACCCGGUACGGACACCAUUGCGAACGGCGUCAGGUAUAUAAUAUUGCAGGUUGCAUCGUCGUUGUUGCUCAUUGUUGGGCUGUUGUUCACGCCAAGUGGUUGGGGGUUUCCCUUCCCUUGGGCGUCGCUGAGUGUUGGCGGGACGCUCUGCUUUAUAGCUGCAGGUAGUUCACCGAAUGCGAUUCUAAAUGCGUGCUUUGGCAGCAAGUUCUUGGUGUACAUCGGUAAUCUGUCAUAUGCCCUCUAUCUGUGGCAUUGGCCAGUACUAGUGUUUAUGCGGGGGACCGAAUGUCUCAAGUCUCCGACGUCCAUGGUGAUUGUUUUUGCCAUAACCUUAGCACUCGCAAUGGCCACGUACCACUUGAUGGAGGCUCCCCUUCACAAGCGUCGCCCGAAACAAACCUCCAAGAUCUUUGGGAUCUUAUUACCCUUGCUCGCUAUCACGGCCCUGAUCUCUUGGUCUCUGGGCUUCUACUAUAUCGGCGCCGUCUACGUGGAUGCCACAUGUUCCGACGGUGCGACCACUUCCAGCACCGCAGCCACGGCCAAUUCCACUUCCCAUGAAGUAUGCUCUGGCGGGGGCGGGUGGCACGGGAACCCAUUGACGUGGCACCCUGACAAGUCGUCUUCUUGCCCCAUGAACUUCUCAUGGAGCAGUUAUGCGAGACACUGCGGCGAGGACGCCAGCGACGUGACGCACUCCAGAUUCUUAUUUCUGGGGGAUUCGACGAUGCACAACUUGUAUAGCAGGCUGCGCCCUAUUUUCGAUAGUGCUUGGCAUGACACGGCCGUCUCUAAGAAUGAUUGCGACAGGAUGGAAUUCCUAGGUUUGGAUCCAGCGCCAGAGUGGGUGCCUCCGCCGCAAGGUUUCGCCCCGCUCUUCAAAGGUCUUACCCACCCUUAUUGCCAAGACACUCGGUCAUUCAGGUGUUAUCGUGGUCAGGUUUCUGUUGCUUCGGGCAAUGUUAGCAAGCAGUGCGUGCUGGAUUUUGAGUACGUUCCCGUGGAAUACGCGAGAGAGGUUUCAUUGCAGACUAACGAGACAAAUACCACUCAGGGCACCAUUGCCGCUUAUGUUAAGAAGCGGUACGGCAGCGUGGACGCCAUCAUUACGAACCAGGGCUUACAUGAUUUCUACAUUGAAGCCAUGUCAGCUGACGACUAUGUAGAGUCUGUUCGCGAACAGUUGCUCGCUUUUCAAGGCUCGGUGACCGUGAUUGUCUGGAUCUUGAUAAAUCACAUUUUCGAGGAUCCCGUUCAGAUGCCGUUGCAUACCAAUGCGCGGUGCGCGCAGUGGAACGAGGCGGUGACCGACAUGAUAUCCAGUGAAUUCCCCAACGUGUAUAUUUUGGAUGCCUAUAAAAUGUCCCAACUUCAGAGCAUGCACACGGACCCUUUUCAUAUGACACUGGACUAUUACGACGUUCUAGCCGACAUAGUCCUCAGUUUUGCGAUACCGAAUGCGGACCAGUGAUCGAGGGGGUGGUGGGGGAGGGGUCGGCGGAUUGUGCAGAUGUGCUGCGAGAACUGGAAGUCCGAGUAGCCAGCAGCGGGCACGCUGUGGCACGUAAUCUUUUUCGCGCGAUCAAUCGCAAUGCGCUUUCUCCUGCGCAUCAGUCACAUUUGAGCGGAUGUUCGGCGACGAUGCGAAGGGGUGCAUUCUCAUCGUGUGAGAUGGGAGUUGAGAUGGGUGGUUUUCUCCUUGCUUCCACCAUGUAUCGUAUACUAUCAUCCCCUGCUCCGUUUUGUACCACUCUCGAACCAGAGAGUUUUUUCCAUACAUGGCUAUCCAUUGCCAGCAACUUUCUCCAGCUGGGCUUCGAAGCAAGCCGGUGCGGGGGCUUCUUAGAUGAUAACAAAUCUGCAUUUGAAGUUCGUGCGAGCAGUCAACAUUGCAUCAGGUUGAUGGUUCUUUGGGUUUCGAAGACGCAUGACGCCGUUGACGUGCCCCAUGUCGCAGCACUAGUACUGACAUCGGUGCGGGCCAAUCAGAAUCAGAGUUUGCGCGCAUGCAUUUGGUGGUCAGCUGGGAUUCGCGCCUUCCCUGACGCAUAUAAGCGCGAUGGCAGGCAGUUCUUCAAACAUGGCAUUCGCAUGCGCAAAAGACAUUUGCGCAUUGCUUAAUUCAACCAACCUUGCAAACGCACACCAUUGUUUGCUCACGCGUGCAGUUCGCCCGCGAUCACGUCUGCAAACAGACGAGUGCACAUUUUAAUGGCUGGGCUUCAGCCGGCGCCUGAGGCUCAAUUAUUACCAGGCCGGUCUGCGCGUGCGCGCAAAGAAGAAAGAUGCGCCCAAGGGAGGACGUCAUUGAGAAGGAGACGCCCGUCAGACCCUCCAAGACGAGCCCCGAGUGGCCUGGCGUGGGGGCCUGCUGGCAGGAUCGCUGCAAGAGCCUGGAGUGGUCAACGCGCAUUUAGCGACUUGGCGACAAAGCUUCGCCGUCGCCUAUGCACGCCCAGAGGCACUCGUGUCGCGAACGGCUCGAAGUAGGCUUGCCUUUGCGGGCGGGUUGACACGCUUUCUUGGCAGGGUUUUGUCUCCUCGCCCUUCUUUGGAGG